UUUUUCUUUUUCUUCAUUACAGUUAUUAAGUUCAUCUCUUUUAUUUAUGCAUUAAAACUUUUCCCAUUCUCAGACAUCAAAAAAACACCUAAAAACUACAACCGCUCUGUGUGUUGUUGCUAUCCUUUAUAGGUCUGCUUCAGACUUAACUAUACGUAACACCUAUACUCUAUACUAUCAGAUUUCAGUACUACUGCUUAUAUAGUAGUGUAAGUGGAAAUGUUUCUACUACAUUCUGCUCUUUAAUAAAAAUGGUCCUUUCUUCAAGACACAAAUACAGGAGGGAGAGCUGCAUCUUCUCUUCUUGUUGUGUCUGUUAGUGCUUUCCUGAUAAAAGAAGGCAAAAAAAUGAGCCAGUGUUUCCAUUUCUAUUGUCUGGGCACUUUUUAGCUAAUAAGUUUUUUCUGCACUUUUUGGUUUUUGCUUAUUCCUCUGUUCUGGGGGGCUGUCUGUCUUAUGGAUUUUGGGCUAAUUAGUUUGGACAAUGGGGGGUUAAUGUGUUCUGGGACUACCACAACAACAACAACAACAACGUUUUCUGCUACUUCUGAUGCCGCUGAGGCUGCUAAAAGCAAGCUGUACGGAUCUGGUUUUCUCAAGCAGGAAAGGUCUUGGACUGGUACUGAAGAUGACCUGAGGGACUUAAAAGUUGGGAGGAUUAGUGCUUCUUCUUCAGGUGGUGAUGAUUUUUCGGUUUCCAACAAACCAAUGCUUAGAAAUACUCCUUUAAUGAGAUCUAAUAGUAUUGGUACUAAUAGUAAUAGUUUCCUCCCUGAAGGCCAACAGAUGCUCAGCUUCUCUUCUCCCAAUUCUCAGACUGUGACAUUACCUUAUUAUCACCCCUCUUCAAUUGCUUAUUCCAGAAAUGUUGCAGGUAGGUUUGUACAUGAAAAAAAAAAAAUUCCAUCUUUGUUACGCUGUCUUUACUGAUGGAGCAUCAAAAAGUUGAUGUGGGUUGCUGCCUAUACUUUGUCUCAUUUUUUGGUGGAGUGAGUAUUAAUGGGGGAAACCUGAGCAUUUUUGCACGAGUCAUGAAGUCAGCUUUAAAAGCUAAAACUAACUAAUUUUUGCUAUUUUUCUAUUAAUGGGGUCACCAGUUUAGCUUAUUUCUUAUCUGGGUUUAAUCAAUCAAUCCCAGUAAGCACUAUCUCUAGAGUCUUCCAUGCAUGUUUUGGGUAAGAUGGGAUGGUGUUUAUUCAUUAUUGUGAUGGUAAUAUGGAGUCGGGUACUGUGUAGCAGGACAGGGAGUGGAGGAAAUAUAGGAGAAACAGAUGAUCCAUCUCUUCAUUUAUGAGUCCUUUUUUUGGAUCGAAAGGUGUAUCUUUUUUCAUGGUUUUGAUCUUUAAUUUGUUUCUUACCCUUUCUGCUAAGUUUUCAUACUUUUUCCGUGGGACUGGAUAUUCGUGACUCUUUUGUCGUCCCCCAAAAUGUUGAAAACAGAGUUGUUUUCAGACAGUAUUUUUUUUCUCCCUUUCUCAGAUACUUUGUGUCUACAGUUUUUGUUGGUCUAUUGGAAUGUUUUAAAACUUUCUGAAGAGUAUUUUCUCUCUGUGUUUUGUUUUGUUACCUGAUCCAUUCUUUUUUCCUUCUCGUUUCAGGUUUGAAUGCUGCAAGUAUGCAUGGAGUAUUGUCUGGAAUCAGAGGACCAUUCACUCCUUCUCAGUGGAUGGAGCUUGAACACCAAGCCUUGAUCUACAAGUACAUCAAUGCCAAUGUGCCCAUUCCUUCUUAUCUCCUCACUCCAAUCCGAAAAGCUCUUGAUUGUGCCGGUUUCACAAGCUUUGCCGGCCUCAGACCCAAUGCUUUUGGAUGGGGUGCUUUCCAUCUGGGAUUUUCGAAUAGUAAUGAUCCUGAGCCGGGAAGGUGCCGGCGGACUGACGGCAAGAAAUGGCGGUGCUCUAGAGAUGCAGUUGCAGACCAGAAGUACUGUGAGCGGCAUAUGAACAGAGGCCGCCACCGUUCAAGAAAGCCUGUGGAAGGCCAAACUGGCCAUUCUGUUGCAGGAAUCACUAACGCGGCCAAGCUGAUGCCUAAUUCCUCUGCAUCGGCUGCUGCGGUGGUUCCCGGAGGCCUUACACCUCACCAUCAGCUCAACAACCCUCAGGCUGGUGCCACUAAUACUCAGUGUGCUACAUCUCCGCAUCUCGACAGGAAUUUUCUGGGUAAGGAUAAUUCUGGCGGAAGGUUUCAAGAUACGACCACUCUGCCCAUCAUAUCUUCUUCGAGCAUAAACUUGAAAGAAAGCCAAUAUCCUAUCUCGAAACCGCAUGAGGCAUAUGUAGAUUCUUCUCGUGGCGAAUUUGGACAAGUUUGCUCUGAUUCUCUACUAAAUCCGUUGGACAGAAGCUCUUCACUUGUUAACUGCAGUAACUAUGGAACUUCUGAAGAUGUUAAUGAUCAAGAUAACAAGACAAAUUCUGGCCUCCGGCAAUUUAUGGAUGACUGGCCUAAUAACCGGACUGAACGGUCAGCUGUUUCGUGGCCUGACAUUGAUAUGCACUCAGAUAACAGGACUCAGCUUUCCAUUUCCAUAUCUAUGGCUGGUUCGGACUUCAUGUCCUCUACAUCAUCUCCCACCAAUGAGAAAGUCACUGCUUCCCCACUAAGCUUAUCGCGGGAACUUGAGGCUACACAUAUGGGGUUAGGAGUUGGUACCAUUGUCAAUGAACGCUCGCAAAGACAAGCAAAUUGGAUUCCUAUCUCGUGGGAAUCAUCCAUGGGAGGUCCUCUCGCUGAGGUUUUGCAUAGCACGAACAACAACACGAAUGACAGCCGAAGCUCCUCUGCUCUAAACCUCAUGACUGAGGGUUGGGAAGGGAGCCCUCAGUUAGCGUCAUCUCCUACCGGGGUUCUGCAGAAGUCCACAUUCAUGUCCCGGUCUAACAGCAGCAACGGCAGCAGCCCGAGGGCUGUGACGAGCAAGGCGCAUGAAGGAGUCAGCCUCUGCAGUGGCGUCUUCGGGCCAACCUUAAUGAAUCCAGCAUUGCCUGCACUGUAACCUGAACCGGAGUCACUGAACCAUGAUGUUUGAAGUUGUAUCCCUGUAGCGAGUUUUAGCACAAAACUGCUGACAAACACGAACACCAGAUCGAUUAACAUUCCAGUUGGGAAUUUCUUUAAUUUGUUUGAAGUCUUGUGUAAUCCCUUUUUAUUAUCCUUCAGGGGCAUAGAUUUACCAGUAGAAUCCGGCUAAUUUUUAUUAAGGAUUUGACAUUUUGCCCCAUUUUCAAGUGAUGAUGAUGAUUGUGUAACCGUAGGUGUGUAUCAAUCAGACUAUAUCAGUAUGACAUGGAAUUCUCUGUUAUUGUCCAUCAACAUGUGAU